CUGACUUACCUGCAGCCAAGGUGGUUUAGCCCUGUGGUGGGGAAAAAACCCAAGCCCAGCCUGCAUUGGCUUUGUUCAUCUAGCCAGUUCAUCCAGCCAAUCCCACCCGUCUCGCUGCUGCGAGGUGCUACAGUUUGGCCGACCCAGCUGCGCUCUGGAACACAACCCCCAAAGUUCCACCAGGAAACGGAUUGUUGUAACUCAACACAGCCCUUGCCACACAACCUGCCUUGGGAGGAAUGCGUAUGAAACUGGGGUCCUAGUGCUGCUGUUGCAACCCACCAGGAAGGAAAUAUUUUGCCGCCUUUUGCCCCAGGAUGUGCCCCUGUUCUAGCGGCUUUUUCCAGCAUUGCCGCUUCACGGCCCGCACACGAUUCAAAGCCUGGCCUAUCACAAACACCUUCUAGCCUCAUGCAGGAGACCUUUGGAGAACCCAGAGCCACGGACAGUAAUGUUAAGAACCUCCUCAUGUCAUGUCUGAAAGGGCAACAGGUCAUCAUCAAAAUGGAGGCCAUGAAGAUCAUCCACCCGGAGAAGUUCUCGGAACUGCAGAACUCCCAGUCACGCUAUGUCCCUGCUCCUCGCCGCGAGGCCCCACUUGUUGCCAAACGGGCCUGGCCUUCGGAGUCGGAGAUCAUCGUGAACCAGGCCUGUGGGGACAUCCCAGCCUUAGACAGUAACCCAGCCGCCCUGGGGUUGUCUCGGACUCCCCCUCUGCCCCGGCGUGAACGGGUCUACCAAGGACAGCGCAAAGGCAGCUCAGAGAUCUGCUACCACCGCCAGCCACCACCAUCAGACGAAGUGAUUGUCAACCAGUACGUGUUGCAUUCUUCCACCCCGUGCGAGCCACUAGAGUGCCCGACGUGUGGCCACAUGUACAACUUCACCAACAAGCGCCCUCGCAUCCUCUCGUGUCUGCACUCUGUAUGCGAGGAAUGCCUGCAGAUCCUGUACGAAUCCUGCCCAAAGUACAAGUUCAUCUCCUGCCCCACCUGCAAGAGGGAGACCGUGCUGUUCACUGACUACGGACUGGCAGCACUGGCGGUGAACACAAGCAUCCUCAACAGACUUCCGGCCGAGGCUCUUUCUACCAACCCUGUGCAGUGGAGCAGCGACGCUGACCGCAGUUGCUAUCAAACCUUCCGCCAGUACUGUGGGGCAGCUUGCACUUGCCACAUCCGAAACCCACUGUCUUCCUGCACCAUCAUGUAAGCAGCGUGCUCCUGCCUUCCCCCCUGGUUCCACCUGUACCCCUCCACCACCCUGGGCAGAGGGACCGUGAAAGAGUGGAGAUCCCAGUUUGGACAGGUUUAUUGGUCCAUUGGCUUUACCAGAUUUUGAACCAUUCUGGCCCCAGAACCAGCCUCUGCUGAAAACCAACAUGAGUUUACAUGGGGGAAGUGGAGAGAGUCAUGCUUCUGAAGUGCAGGGAACAUUGACACACCCUGCAGCAAAAGAGGAUGAGAGAAAGGGGCUCAGCACCUGCAUGAAGGAUGGAAGAUGGGCCAUCAGGAAUUAUGGUGGAGAGAAAGCUGUCAGCAGGACCUCACAGCCCAGUGCUAUGUUCAUCCUUCAGGUCUCCCUCUUUCCUUCUCUGCAGCCUCUUAGCAGCCGAAGUCCCUGGGUUUCAUCUCCCCAGGCAGCAUUUUGUCCUUCCCUUUGGCUCAUGGUGUGGGGUGCUAGCAGGGCAGCUUGGGUCAUGUUUCUACCAGCAGCUUGGACAGGAAAGCCACCAAAGUUAAGAAGAGUGAGAAGCAGCCAAAGGAGAUGGCACGGUGCGGGCAUCCCAGAGAAGCAGUGCUAGGCAGGGCCUGUGCCCGUGGUCAACUCAGAUGCCAGUUUCUUUUUUCUUAAGUUAUUUGCCAAAGCUUCCGUUUCUGUGCCCAAGCUUUUGUGCAUCCAGCUUUGCUGCUGCCAAUUGAAAGACAGUUGCCAACAAACUUCCUGGAAGGGUCCCAUUUCCUGAUGUCCUUGAGGGAAGCUUUUUAAAGAUAUGUUUUUUUAAUCCUCGUUUUGGAGGAUCUCUGUUCCUCAUCACUGUUUUAGAAAUGCAUCUUGUUUGGGCCCUGGCCGUUAAUAAAACGGAUUAAAGUU